AGUUUGCGUGCUGAUUGGCUGAGUAAUACUGUGAUAGAGCGACACAGAUGUCAGAUGUUCUAGAAUUCUCCCUGAGAUUGAUCAUUGAGCUUUAUCUCCUGAGCAAUUCUUAAGCAUUACAGGCACUACUGACUCUCCACUGUACAAUAUUCAACCAUUUAUUCAGAGCACAGCCUGCAUUUUUCUCUGCAGCUGAACCCCUGGUUUUGGAUUUUCUCCAAGCAGCAGUUCUUCUGAAUUGUUCUUCCCACCCAUUAACCCCAACCCAUCCUUCCCCUUCCCUCCCCUCACCAACCCCCCACCCACUCACCAAAAAAAAAAAAAAAUCAUUUUCAAAACUACUUUGAUUUGUGUUCAAAUACUCCUGUUCUUUUAAUACUAGGUGUUUAAUCUGCUAUUGUUUUUUUUUCUUUGGAAAUAAAUUAAGUAUUUUAAUAUUACAUUCAUAAUUUGUUUUAUCUGCUUCUGUUCUUUUAUUUGAAAAGGUGUAUUAGCUGUAUUUGUAAGUCAUUCUUUUUCUUGUCAAUUAACUUGUUUUUUUCUUGAGAAUACUUUGCAGGUUGUAUCGCUUCAGCCUUUCGUGAAGAUGCCUCGGAAAGGUAGGAGAUCCCGGGCUCAAAAAGUUCGUUGGACAAAGUUAGACCUGACAGAAAAGACAAGCAUCAGUAGAGGUGUUGCUCAGGUUUCUGAUGGACAGCAGUAUGAAGAUGGAGACAACACAUCUAGAGUUAUAUCCGUGCAGGCGUCUCACUGCCAGAGUGAUGCAAGGUAUGAUGUUUUCUCACGAAACACUCAGUGCACAUGUGUAGCGCUGACAUUCCUUGCGUACCACAGUGAGGGAACUUCGUUCGAACAGCCUGAUCUUGACAGGGUGCUAGAGCAAGGGGAUGCUUUGUAUGUUGGCAUUAAAAUGCAGCUUAUGGCUGAAGGAAGAUUCCGACAGGAUCUUCUAAGCAUGGCUGAAGUACCUGUGAGCAUCUCGACUUUUAACCACAACUACACCGUCCAAAAGUCAGAAGUGGUGAUGGGGUAUCUAAGAGACAGAGGAACUCAGGAAAUGGACGCGUGGUGGAUUCCUCUUGAUGAAAGACUUCAGUGUCUCUCAACAGAUGUCAGCCAUGCACUGCUUAUUGUUUCUCCAGAGUGCUUUGCUGUCUUCAGAGACAGAUCUGGAAGAUAUGGAUAUUUUGAUUCCCAUUCCAGAACUGCCGAAGGUUUUCCACAUCCUACCGGUGAUGGAACGGCAGUUAUGCUUACUUUCACCAACCUGCAUGACAUGAUCAACAGAUUACUUGAACUUUUUUGGAAUCGUGGUCCUCAAGCUUGCUAUGAAUUCAUGGCCGUUUCAUUUGAAAUGGAGCAACAGUCUGAGGAACCAUGCUCAUCAGCGGCAUGUGUCUCACCAUCUCAAGUAACCUCACCUCUGCCAAAAAUACAAACUGCUGACAUCAGAAUCCCUGAAAAUGUAGUUCAGAUAGAUGACAAAAACCAAAGUGUCAUAAAGGUUUUAAAAACAAACAAGCAGCGAAGAAGAAAGCAAAUACGUAAAAUGGCAAAACAGUGUGCAGGAACAGAGGACAAAACUUCACAUUUUGAAAUUCGAGAACGUAAAAGAAGAGUCUAUGAGAAAGAGAAGUAUGCCACCAGUUUGCAGUUUCGAAUUAAGAAAAGGAAGUUUAAUCAAGAUCCUUUUGUCAGAAACAAAAAGAGGGAGUACCUUGUCAGAAGGUACCACACUGAUGCUGUUUUCCAGAAGAAAAUGAAGGAAUACAUGGCCAGGAGGUACCACACUGAUGCUCCUCUCCACAAGAAAAAGAAGGAAUACAUCAUCAGGAGGUACCAUACUGAUGAUGUUUUCCAGAGGAAGAUGAAGAACUACAUGGUCAGAAGGUACAAGAUGGAUGAUCUUUUCCAAAAGAAAAUGAAGGACUACAUGGCCAGAAGAUACGCAGGUGAUUCAAAGUUUAGGUCACAUCACAUUCUACGUUGUACUUUCCAGAAGAAACAGAAGUGUCUUACUGAUCCUGGAUUCCACAUUCUUCACAAAUUGAGAUGUGCAUUAAGGAUCAAGAGAAAAUACAAGCCAUACAUUCGUUUCAGCCAGAAUACACCCAUUUCUGAUGCGACAAACCAGCCUGUAUCCAACAGCUUGAUUCAGAAGGCCAUAUCUGCAUUUCGGUGUCAAAGUCUGCACGGUCCAACUUACAUCUGCACAGUCUGUCACAGGACCCUUUUUCCAAAUCAGGUCAAGAUGUGUAAUAGAACACGAUACAUCAAAAAUGUUCAUAUUACAGCCUUUUGCUUAACCGGGAAAUAUGUUCAUGCUUGUGACAGUGCCUGCUCAGUUCCUUGUGCAGUUCCAGAUGAGCGAAGACAGGAGUGGAUCUGCCACACCUGUGACAGCCAUCUGAAGAGAGGAUCCAUGCCUUCUAUUGCAGCGGCAAACAGACUUGAAUUGCCACCCAUCCCUGCAGAACUGCUUGAGCUGAAUGUUCUUGAACGACAGCUUAUCGCCAAAAUUGUUCCUUUUGCAAAAAUAGUUGCAUUGCCAAAAGGACAGCAACGAUCGGUUUAUGGUGCUGUUGUGUGUGUGCCCUCUGAGGUGGAGAAAACAGUUAACUGUCUCCCAAGGCCUAACAGUGAGUCCCAGCUCCUACAGGUGAAGCUGAAAAGACACAUCAAGUUCAGAGGAUACCAACACUUCCAUACAGUGAAUAUGCACAAUGUGCUAGCAGCAUUAACAAAACUGAAAGCGAUGCAUUCAGAAUAUAGGGACAUCUUUAUAAGUGAUGCUGCCACAUUUGAAUUUCUCCCUAAUGAUGAGCUGCAUGACACAGAGGAGAAACAGGAAGUUGUUGUCUCUGAACAGGAUGAGCAGCAUGUCAGCACAGAAGAAAAGGAUGAGCUCAGGCCUGGCCUCACUCUGGACACAUGCAUGCAACCACUCGACAUUGGACAGGACUUGCUGUCGUACGGUGAGGGAAUCUUCAGCAUUGCGCCUGCUCAAGGGAAAAAGCCAGUCGGAUUUUUCAAGGUUCCCAAAUUGGAAGCCAUGGCCUUCCCCGUACAGUUUCCCACUGGACAGAACACAAUUGAUGAGGCACGACAAGUUGCAUUAUCACCAAGCAUGUAUUUCAAUGCUAGACUGUUCUGCGUUGAUACUCGUUUUGCCAAAGACCAGAGUUAUCUCUUCUUUGCGCAGUUUGUCACUGAAACGCACAUGGCUAGAAACAGCAUGUCUAUCCAGUUGCGAAAGGGCAAACCCGUUACAAAAGAUGGACGUAGAAUCUCCAACAAGCUUCUUCAGGAUGAUCUUGAGGUCGAAAGACUGGUCCACAGCCGUGACGCAACAAGGUUUAUGCAACCCCUGAGAGGCACUCCAUCUUAUUGGGAGAAAACGUUGAGAGAUCUACAGGCCAUGAUCAGGCAGUUAGGGAAUCCUACUUUUUUUUGCACAUUCAGUGCAGCCGAAAUGCGAUGGCCAGAAGUGAUAACGGCAAUCAAGGCUCAGCAAGGUGAAGAGGUCGUCUUUUCAGAGCUUGACUGGACGACGAAAUGUGAAAUCCUCCGAAGUAACCCCGUCACCGUCAUGCGGAUGUUUGAAAAACGAGUGGAUGCAUUAAUGAAUCAUCUGCUUUUGUCACCUGCUCAACCCAUCGGCGAAGUCGAGGAUUACUUUUAUCGCGUGGAGUUUCAAGCCAGAGGAAGCCCACACAUUCAUCUGCUGGCCUGGGUAAAAGGGGCACCUGAAUUUGAAAAUCAGUCCGACCAAGUAGUGUGUGACUUUAUUGACCGUUACAUAACCUGCCAGUUGCCGGACCCUACCACCGAUCCCGAGCUUCAUCAAAUUGUCACCGAAGUUCAGCUUCACAGCAAGAAGCACUCCAAAUCUUGCAAGAAAGGAAAUGUGUUGUGUAGAUAUGGGUUCCCUAAACUUCCCAUGUCAAGCACCACCAUCACCCGUCCACGACCACAACGUCCUGAGGAAGAUGAAAACGAAGAACAACACCACCAAGAGAGAAAGAAGAGAAGACAAGACGCUCCACAACGUCCUGAGGAAGAUGAAAUGAAGACCAACACCAACAAGAGAGAAAGAAGAGGAGACAGGACGCUGCUCGAAAAGCAAUGA